AAUAUUGCUGAAGAUGAGACGAUCUGCAGCACCAAGUCAGGUGCAGGGAAAUUCCAUUAAAAAACCUAAGUUCAUACCUCCAGGAAGAAGUAAUACAAGUCUGAAUAAGGAGAACACAAGGCUGAGUCCGGGUGUAAAGCCAUUGCAGGGUGCCGAGCAGUCACAAAAUGAUCCAGGUAUAUGCGGUUCAAAUCUGUGGCCUGCUGAGGGAGGCGCUAGGGAAAUGGACCGUGUGGCUAAAGCAGAUCCAUGUCACACAGUUCAUUCAUCCUCUAAGGAAAUCCUAGAACCCAAGGUCCAAGAAGAGGAAUCUAGUAGCUUCCUUAAAUAUUUCAGUGUUGUUUGGUGUAAAGCUUCAAAGAAGAAACACAAAAAAUGGGAAGGUGAUGCUAUUCUUAUUGUAAAAGGAAGGUCCUUCACACUGAAGGAUUUGGAAGGCAAAGACAUUGGAAGAGGCAUUGGAUAUAAAUUCAAAGAGUUUGAAAACAUAGAAGAAGGCCAAACACUGAUGAUUGGUGGAAAAGAAAUAGAAAUCCUGGGUACAAUCUCUUCCGACGACUUCAACAGUGGCAAGUGUUUUCAGUGUGGAAGAGGAAGCCCUGUUGUCCCAACUUCUCAGGAUGCCAGGAAAUGCUUUUCUAACCCUCUCAAAAGUGUCUGUCAGUCAGCUCAGGCAAAGGAAUAUAAACAGCAGAAUUGCAAACCACGCCAUGACCCAUAUGCACCAAAUUCCCUUGUUAUGCCGCGACCAGACAAGAACCACCAGUGGGUGUUCAAUAGGAACAGCUUUCCCCUUGUGGAUGUGGUGAUAGACCCUCACCUUGCACAUCACCUCCGACCACAUCAGAAAGAGGGGGUCCUCUUCCUCUACGAGUGCGUGAUGGGGAUGAGAGCGAACGGCAGAUGUGGUGCUAUUCUUGCGGACGAAAUGGGUUUAGGAAAAACAUUGCAGUGCAUCUCACUCAUCUGGACCUUACAGUGUCAGGGACCCUAUGGAGGCAAGCCAGUCAUAAGGAAGACACUUACUGUCACUCCUGGAAGCUUGGUGAAUAAUUGGAGGAAAGAAUUUCAAAAAUGGCUGGGAAGUGAAAGAAUCAAGAUAUUCACUGUUGAUCAGGACCAUAAAGUGGAGGAGUUUAUCAAAUCUACAUUUUAUUCUGUUCUCAUCAUCAGUUAUGAAAUGUUACUUCGCUCUCUAGAUCAGAUUAAGAGUAUAAAAUUUGACCUUCUGAUCUGUGACGAGGGACAUCGCUUGAAGAACAGUAGUAUUAAGACAACUGCAGCCCUCUCUAGCCUCUCUUGUGAGAAGAGAGUAAUUCUGACUGGUACCCCAGUUCAGAACGACUUGCAAGAGUUUUUUGCAUUAGUUGAUUUUGUUAAUCCAGGAAUAUUAGGCUCUUUGUCGUCUUACAGGAAAAUAUAUGAAGAACCCAUCAUUACAUCAAGAGAGCCUUCUUCUUCCAAGGAAGAAAAAGAAUUAGGAGAGAGGAGAGCAGCUGAACUCACGUGCCUCACUGGACGCUUUAUCCUUAGAAGAACUCAGGAAGUCAUCAAUAAGUAUCUUCCCCCUAAGACAGAGAACGUAGUCUUCUGCCGACCAGGAGCGCUGCAGAUUGAGCUCUACCGAAAGCUGCUGAGCUCCCAGUCUGUCAGGUUUUGUCUGCAAGGACUGUUGGAAAAUAGCACUCAUCUCAUCUGCAUAGGAGCCCUAAAAAAACUGUGCAAUCACCCUUGCCUUCUGUUCAGCUCUGUGAAGGGUAAAGACCUUGGCUCAAGUUGUGAUGCAAAUGAAGAGGGGAAUCUGUGCAAAGACUUGCUGACUGUGUUCCCUGCUGGCUACAACCCUCUGCGGUUCUCUGAGAACGAGUCAGGAAAACUACAGGUGCUAGUGACGCUCCUGGCCGUCAUCCAUGAACUUCGGCCCACGGAAAAAGUGAUUUUGGUAUCCAACUACAGACAAACCUUGAAUAUUUUAGAAGAAGUAUGCAAGCGUCAUGGAUAUGCUUGUGCAAGACUUGAUGGCCAAACACCAGUCUCUCAAAGGCAGCAAAUUGUAGAUGGUUUCAAUAGUAAAUACUCUACUGAUUUCAUUUUUUUAUUAAGUUCCAAAGCUGGUGGUGUGGGACUUAAUCUUACUGGAGGAUCUCACUUGGUUCUGUAUGACAUUGAUUGGAACCCAGCUACUGACAUCCAGGCUAUGUCUAGAGUAUGGCGAGAUGGUCAGAAGCACCCUGUACAUAUUUACAGACUCCUGACUACAGGUACAAUAGAGGAGAAGAUCUAUCAAAGGCAGAUCAGUAAGCAAGGCCUUUCUGGGGCAGUCGUGGACCUCACUAAGUCAUCUGAACAUAUCCAGUUUUCAGUGGAAGAGCUGAAAAACUUGUUCACAUUACAUGAAAAUUCCCAGUGCGUUACUCAUGACCUCCUUGACUGUGCGUGCACAGGGGGAAAAGAUCACACUGAUGAUGCAUUGGAACCCCCUGUCACCUCUAGACAGUGCCAGCUCGGCCCUCAGAAGUCUAACUCCUUGAGGCCUCUGUCCAUGUCACAACUGAAGCAGUGGAAGCAUUUUUCUGGAGACCACUUAAGUCUUACAGACCCAUUUCUCGAACGAAUAAGGGAAAAUGUAUCAUUCUUUUUCCAGAAUAUAACCAACCAAGUUCCUGCUGUCUAAUGAAGGACUACUUCCUAGCAUUCCUUUGGUCCUUCACAAAUUA